AUGAAAACCCGAUGCAUUGAGAGACAUAAAGCAAUCUCCACCUUCCCUGCUCCAAAACCUCACCUGCAACACCGCUUCUGCAGCUUCCAGCCACGGUCCCCUGAAGAUGCUCUGGAGGAACGCCUCCUAUUAGACUCCAUUGCUUGGCCUGAAACUCCAUCCUUGCCAGUUCCUCUUUCCCUGGAGCAGACCACCGAUCCUGCCCACAGCACCUUCACUAUUCUCCCAGAGAAGGGUGGACGACAGUGGCAUGUAGGGGAUCAGCUGGAAGUUAUCAUCAAAAUGUAUGACUUCCAGGGGCGUCCUAAGAAGUCUGGGGGAGAUGUCUUACUCGCCCGUUUGCACAACCGGGCACUUGGUGCAGGUGUGGCUGGACAAGUGCUGGAUCAUCUCAAUGGCUCCUACUCUGCUGUAUUUUCUUUACUCUGGGAGGGAAGCGCACAAGUUGAGGUGACACUGGUUCACCCCAGUGAGGCUGUCACUGUGCUACACAGGCUGACCAGAGAACAGCCAGAUAGGAUUUAUUUCCAGAGUGUCUUCCGCUCAGGCUCAGUCUCUGAAACUACCACCUGUAAUGUCUGCCUGCAUCAAACCCAGCAGCCACUGUGCAACUACACUGACCUCCACACAGGCGAGCCAUGGUUCUGCUACAAGCCAAAGAACCUGGGCUGUGAUACCAGGAUCAGCAACUCCGUGGGAGAGUUCAAGCACAAGCUCAAGGCUAAGGAGGAGAAGCUUUUUCAAAGUGGUGUCAACAUGAAAAUCUCCAUUCGAGCUUCAGGAUCUGACAGUGUCACCGUGUUGCCAAAAAAGAAAGAUCAACAAGAGGUAAAGAGCAGCAUUGUGCAGUUUGGACCUGCUGGUUAUUACUUCCAGGGUGUGUGGCAAGCACUAGGUGGCACCACAGUCCGCCAGUUCAAUACUCCUUCUGCCAUCAACCAGUGUCUAAAAGGGAAGUUUGUUCACCUUCGUGGAGACUCCACCAUCAGGCAGUGGUUUGAGCACCUCAACGCAGUACUACCAGAUCUAAAGGAGUUUAAUCUGCACAGCCUGAGGAACCUUGGACCUUUCAUGGCCUUAGACUAUGCAAACAACAUUUUGAUUAAGUACCGAUUCCACGGUCCCCCUGUCCGUUCUCCCAACCACGUCCCAGCCAUCGAGCUGCACUACAUUGCCAAUGAACUAGACCGCUUAGUUGGAGGCACCAACACUGUUGUUGUUUUUGGCAUCUGGGCACACUUUGGCUCUUUCCCCAUUGAGCUCUACAUCCGACGGCUGCAGAGCAUUCGCAGGGCAGUGGUGCAGCUGCUGGACAGGGCUCCAGGUACGCUAGUUAUCAUCCGGACAGCAAACCCCAGAGUUUCAACGCUUUUUGUGUCACUCACCAACAGUGACUGGUACUCGCUACAGCGUGACAAGGUGCUCAGGGCCAUGUUCAAAGGACUAAAUGUUCAUCUGGUUGAUGCUUGGGAGAUGGUCUUGGCCCACCACCUGCCACACGACCUCCAUCCACAACCUCCCAUUAUUAAGAAUAUGAUCAAUGUUGUCUUGUCCUACAUAUGCCCUCAAAAGGGCAGCUAGAGUCAUAUUUGUUGGGGGAAAGGAGUGGGAAUCCAACCACUCGUGUUGAGUUUACAUGUUUCUAUGUUUUCGCCAGAUGCUGAAAUGGACCUAAUAUUUCAUGCCUUAAAAUCAGUUUUAAGUUGAACACAGAGAAUCUUUCCCCCUUCAGCAGAUGAA